AUGGUCGCUACAAUCCGCAAGUACAAGGCCGCUGCCGUCAACGCUGAGCCAGGCUGGCUCAACUUGGAGCUCUCGGUGCAGAAGACAAUCCACUGGAUCAACGAGGCUGGCAACGCAGGAUGCAAGCUCAUUGCUUUCCCCGAGUUGUGGAUCCCAGGCUACCCAUACUGGAUGUGGCGAGUCAACUACCAAGAAAGCCUUCCUCUCCUCAAGAAGUACCGCGAGAACAGCCUUCCCAGCGACUCCCCCGAGAUGCACCGGAUCCGUGCGGCGGCAAAGAAGAACUCGAUCUUUGUCUCGUUGGGAUACUCUGAGGUCGACCUCAACAGUCUGUACACCACCCAGGUCAUGAUCGACCCGACGGGCAAGGUCAUCAACCAUCGCAGGAAGAUCCGAGCCACGCAUGUCGAGCGUUUGGUCUUUGGUGAUGGGACUGGUGAUACUACGUCAAUGGUCGUCGAUACUGAGAUUGGUCGCAUUGGCCACUUGAACUGCUGGGAGAAUAUGAACCCUUUCCUGAAGGCGUACGCCGUAUCCCUCGGUGAGCAGGUCCACGUCGCCGCAUGGCCUCUCUACCCUCACGCCACAACCCUCACCUACCCAGACCCCUACACCAACAUCUCCGACGCCAACUCGGACAUCGUAACGCCCGCCUACGCCAUCGAAACCGCCUCCUACACCCUCGCGCCCUUCCAAACCAUCUCCGCCGAAGGCGUGCGCCUGCAAACACCCCCCGGCAAAGACCCCGAAGACCACCACAUCUACAACGGCAACACGCGGAUCUACGGCCCGGACGGGCAAGCCCUGAUCCCGAAGCCCUCCGAGAACUUCGAGGGCCUAGUGUUUGUGGAUAUUGAUUUGGACGAGGGGCAUUUGAGCAAGGCGUUGAAUGAUUUUGGGGGCCAUUAUAUGCGGCCGGAUCUGGUGAGGUUGGUGGUGGAUACGGAUCGGAAGGGGUGUGUUAGUAGGGUGAAUGGGAGUGGGACGCAUGAGGUUGUUAGUACGUUGGAGAGGGUGGGGUUGGAUAAGCCGGUUGAUGAGGAGAUUCUGAACGGGGAGGAGUAA